AUGUUAUGCCUACUAGCUGCUGUCUAUGCGAGAGAAAUAGAGAGGCAGGGGGGUUUGACCUCGCCGAAGCUCUUCAACCUGUACGUAAACGAGCUGAUCGUUGGACUCAGCAGUAAGCCUGUCGGAUGUCGUAUCGACGGCAUCAGCGUAAAUAACAUCAGUUAUGCCGACUAUAUAGUGCUGCUGGAUCCAACGGCGGGUACAAGUACUCACGGGCUUGUAUACAAUUGUGUCAAGAGUGAGUUUAUGAUCUUUGGGAUCCCCGGUAGUGUGAUGUCUUAUGAACCUAAAAUAAAUCUAAAUGAGGUGGCGCUAAAGAGGGUAAGCAGAUUUAAAUAUCUAGGACAUUACUUGGCGGAGGAUCUUAGAGACCAAACUGACAUUGAUCGUGAACGCAGGGCGUUGGCUGCCAGAUGUAAUAUGUUGGCACAUAGAUUCGCCCGCUGUAGUGAGGAAGCCAAAAUAACUUUAUUCAAGGCGUAUUGUCAAUUCUUCUACACAGGUGGUCUAUGGGUUAACUAUACGCAUAAGGCACUCGGCGCCCUGCGCGUUCAAUAUAAUAACGGUUUCAGUACGCUGUUGGGACUGCCGCGACAUUGUAGCGCAUCGUCGAUGUUUGCUCAAGCGGGAGUAGACUACUUUUUUGCUGAGAUGCGAAAAAAGACGGCGUCACUACUCUCUAGACUACGUUCUAGUCCUAGCAGCAUCCUGAAAGCUCGAUGCGCCGAUGCUUCGUCAUUUCGUCCAGGUUCUGGUGAGGUGAUGGGAUAA